GCAACGAGUCGUCAGAACGGCAGCUACGGAGCUAAGCAGCCCGCGAUAUUAUUUCAAAUUAUACUUAAAUAUACGUAUAUAGAGAAUAUCAAAUUCAUAUAAUAUAAUACAUUUUGAAUAAUAUAUAUUCCGAGAGUGAUAAACAAAUAGAACGCCAAGCCAUUUCAAGUCGUCGAAAGUGCAGUUUUUUGUGUGCGGGCGAGAUAAGAAAAGUAAUGGCUAGCAAUAAUGAGUACAUUGAAUUACCCUGGACUAUGAAUUCCUCAAGUGGUGACGAUGAGGCGCCCAAGGAUCCGCGCACAGGCGGCGAGGACUUUACCCAACAAUUUACAGAAAAUGAUUUCGAAGGACAUCGCGCCCAUACUGUUUAUGUCGGCGUGCAUGUGCCCGGCGGUCGGCGCCACUCACAACGUCGCCGCAAGCAUCACCACAGCGGAGGCGGGGGUGACGGCGGUGGCAGCGGCCGGGACAGCAUCAGCGAGAAGCAACAGGAGGUGGAACGUCCAGUAACGCCGCCCGCACAACGCGUUCAAUUCAUACUUGGCGAGGACGUGGACGAUGGCACACAUGUCUCACAUCCGCUGUUCUCUGAGAUGGGCAUGCUGGUUAAGGAGGGCGAUGAAAUCGAAUGGAAGGAGACGGCACGUUGGAUCAAAUUCGAGGAGGAUGUCGAGGAGGGCGGCAAUCGCUGGUCCAAGCCCCAUGUGGCCACACUCUCGUUGCAUUCGCUGUUCGAGCUGCGCACUUUGCUGCAGAAUGGCACCGUCAUGCUGGACAUGGAGGCACAAAAUCUGGAGACAGUGGCCGAUUUAGUUUGCGAUCAAAUGGUAAGCGCUGGCACCUUGCCCGCCGGCGUCAAGGACAAGGUCAAGGACGCGCUGUUGCGUCGUCAUCGCCAUCAGCAUGAGUAUGCAAAGAAGGCGCGUCUGCCCAUCAUACGCUCUUUGGCGGACAUCGGACGCAAUCACUCGUCAACGAAAAUCGAAGAACAUUCUGGGUCUGGCAAUGCCUCGGGUAAUGCUCUAGUAGCCACCACACCGCUCUCCCUAACCGCUAGCGAACCGGGACCGCCGGGCACCAAUGGCAAUGGCAAUAACAGCAUGGGCGGAAUGGGACGUUUUCUAACGGUGCCCGGAAAGCCAAGCAGCAGAAUGCUCGAGGAUAUGGUUAAGAGUCCCAGCAGCCUGUCCAUGGCCCGCCAGAGCAGCGGUACGGAGUUGAGCGAGCACAAGGGCAAUACGCACUUUAUGCGAAAGAUACCGCCUGGUGCGGAGGCCAGCAAUAUACUUGUCGGCGAGGUGGACUUUCUGGAGCGCCAACUCUCCUGCUUCAUACGCCUCAGCCAGGCGGCCGUCAUGGGCGAUCUCACCGAGGUACCAGUGCCAACUAGAUUUAUUUUCAUUUUGCUUGGCCCACCGGGCAGUCAAACCAAUUUCCAUGAAAUCGGACGUGCCAUGUGCACCCUCAUGUCGGAUGAGAUCUUCCAUGAGGUGGCCUAUCGGGCGCGCAAACGCGAUCAUCUGUUGGCCGGCGUUGACGAGUUCUUGGACGCUGUCACAGUAUUACCACCCGGGGAAUGGGAUCCAACCAUACGCAUAGAACCACCAGCUGCCAUACCUUCGCAAGAGGUGCGCAAACGUCCGCCAGAGUUUCCCAAAGAGGAGAUCGACGAGGAGGAGGAGGAGCAACGUUUGCGCGAGGAAUCGGGCCUGUCGCGCUCGGGUCGCCUCUUUGGUGGUCUCAUCAACGAUAUUAAGCGCAAGGCACCUUGGUAUUGGAGCGACUUUCGCGAUUCCCUGUCUAUGCAGUGUGUCGCCUCGUGGAUCUUCCUGUACUUUGCCUGCCUCUCGCCCAUUAUCACAUUCGGCGGUCUGUUGGCGGAAGCGACCGGAAAAAAUAUGGCCGCUAUGGAAUCUUUGAUCUCAGGCUUUGUGUGUGGCAUGGGCUAUGGCUUCUUUUCGGGUCAGCCGUUAACAAUUAUGGGAUCCACAGGUCCAGUUCUGGUCUUUGAGUCAAUUAUCUAUGAGUUCUGCCUGAACAUGGGCUGGGACUAUAUGACAUUCCGUUUCUGGAUCGGCAUGUGGGUUGCCGGUAUUUGUAUCGUUCUGACCGCGAUUGAUGCCAGCGCUCUGGUCUGUUACAUCACACGCUUUACCGAAGAAAACUUUGCCACACUCAUCGCUUUAAUUUUUGUCUAUAAGGCCAUUGAGAAUGUGGCGGUGAUUGGUAAGGGUUUCCCAGUCAAUCAGGGCGUCUACGACUGUAUCUGUACACCGCCACCGGAAAGUAAUGCCAGUUUCCUGGAAUUUGCCAAAUACAAGUGGGACUCUUGUCAGUCUUACAACGGCACCUUAGUUGGUCUCGAUUGUGCGAAUCCACCCACCGAGAACAUCUUCCUGAUGUCCGUGGUCCUCUGCGCCGGCACCUUCAUAUUCUCUACAGUACUCAAGGAAUUCAAGAACGCUCUAUUCUUCCCCUCAAUUGUGCGCCAAUACAUAAGCGAUUUCUCCGUUUUGAUUGCCAUCUCUAGCAUGACCUUCUUCGAUUAUUAUCUGGGUGUACCCACACCAAAGUUGGAGGUGCCACAUGAGCUGAAGCCUACGCUAAGCACUCGAGGCUGGCUUAUACCGCCAUUCAGCGAAAAGAAUCCCUGGUGGUCCUCUGUUAUAGCCGUCUUUCCCGCUCUGCUCGGCACCAUUCUCAUCUUUAUGGAUCAACAGAUUACGGCUGUGAUUGUCAACCGGAAGGAGAAUAAAUUGAAGAAGGGCUGUGGUUACCAUUUGGACCUGUUCGUACUCUCGAUUUUGAUUAUUAUUUGCAGUGUCAUGGGCUUGCCUUGGUUUGUGGCCGCCACUGUCUUGAGCAUUAAUCAUGUGAACUCCUUGAAACUGGAAUCGGAGUGUUCGGCACCGGGCGAGAAACCGCAAUUCUUGGGAGUGCGUGAACAGCGCGUGACGCACAUUCUCAUUUUCCUCACCAUUGGCGGAUCCGUGCUGCUGACCCCACUGCUCGGUCACAUACCCAUGCCAGUGCUAUUCGGUGUCUUCUUGUACAUGGGCAUAGCAUCGCUGAGCGGCCUGCAAUUCUUCCAUCGUAUACUGAUCAUGUUCAUGCCAGCCAAAUACCAGCCGGAUUACAUGUUCCUGCGCCAGGUGCCGAUUCGACGUGUCCAUCUUUUCACUAUCAUACAGCUGGCCUGUCUGAUCAUAUUGUGGCUGAUCAAGUCCUUCUCUCAGACCUCCAUAUUGUUCCCGCUUAUGUUGGUGGUUAUGAUUGGCAUAAGGAAGUCGCUCGAUUUGGUCUUUACGCGACGUGAGUUGAAAAUACUCGAUGACAUCAUGCCGGAGAUGACGAAGCGUGCGGCAGCCGAUGAUUUGCAUCAACUGGACGCUGAGGUGGGCUUUUGUCAGAAAUAUUUACCCUGUUUUGCUGGUCUCUGCAGGCGCAAGCCGAAGGCCAGUUUCAAAAAUGGUGUGGAUGGCAAUGCCGCUGGUCUCAUUACGUGCAAUACGGCCACUGCAAACGAAAAAGAAAUUGAAGCACAAAGUAGUCUCCUGAAUAAGUGAACACCCACAACCACACAGGCACAACCACACAACCACACACACACACACCUACGCACAACUCUCCUCACAGACACACACAGUCCAGGCCCGCCGCAGUGUUGCCAGCACCGAAAACGUUGAGAAUUUCGGCCCCAGUGUUGCCAGCCGCGUUGCACCGAACACCAUCACCACUAAAUUAUUUCUAGUUUUUGCAUUUUGUUGUACAAAAAUGCAUUUUGGUUUUAGCUAUCGAGAGUUAUAUGCCACCUACUUGAACAUAUUAUCCUGUUUUAUAUAUUCUCUUAACAUAUUUUUAAAAGUAUUUCUGUAAAUGGUUUCCCCUCUGCUUUCUUUACAACCGUAGCAUGCAAUUUUUUUUUGCAUUUUGAAAAAGUUUUAUUUUUAAAACAACUAUCACGUUUUUAUGUAAACUUAAAAUUAUCUUUCUAUAUUUUCUGUAUGUAUAAUUCACGAUCUUUUCUAUGAUAUAUUGUACAUUUUGUUUCAUAUUUUCCCAUAUAAUAUGCUCAAUGCUAUACAAAUUUUAAGGCGCAACUGUACCUACGCUUAUAGCUCUUGUGUAUAUGUAAUUAUAUUUUUGAUUUUUGUUAUGAAUUCCUAGUGAAAAGUUUAAAAAAUAAUCGGAUGUUUUAUCUAUAUAUAAUCUAUUACUUACUUACUACUCUUAUACUUAUAUAUUAUUCUAUGUAUUUAUAUAUGUAAAAAUGAAAAUGCUAGUCUAAGACGUCUGCGCGAUUCGUUUACACUGUACAAGAAAGUACCUUAAUGUAUUAAAUGUACACGUUAUAUAAUUUUAGAGUCAAAAACUCAAUGAACUCAAGUCUAAAGUUGAACCACCAGCUCCACCAGCAAAGUAACUAACAAAUCCUAGCGAAAUUGGCAAAGCAAAUAAUAUUAUUAAAUAUAAAUUUAAAAAAGUAGUAAAAUUUAUGUAAAUUAAAUAAUCCCCAGAAAAACCCAAAAGAAUAAACUGAUAUUGGCAAAAAAAAGAACAAAAUUUGGUAAAAAUGUUUGGCAAAAAUGACAAAAUUUUUCAAAUGAAAAAACACCCAAUUGGCUUUUUAGAUUAUGGAGCGCACGCGACAAUUACUAACACGGGUUCUACACCAAAACACACACACUUUAAAACACUGCCUCACGUUUCUCGCUCACUUAGCCACGCUCACCUAGUGCGCUAUUUCUCUCUUUCCUCUUACACACACACUCUCUCUCUCUCUCUCGCUCUCUUGCAAUGCUCUCUGUGAGUUAAUAAGUGCCAUCAACAAC